ACCACACGCAGCCCGAGCAUUCCCCCAAUCGUCUCCCUCGCUGAUGUUUCUGGGUUCCUUCUGGAAACUGGCUGAACAUCAUGCUCCCCAUUUCCCCGUGGUAAAACCGACCCCCUCGCACAUACAGGCAGCCCAGCUCUCACUUUCAGCUCUGGUGGCGGCUGCCGGCCAUCAUAUGCUUUUUCGCCUCUGCGCCCUCCUCUGACUGAGACACCUUGCAUGUGGCGCGGAACCACUGGCCAUCCCCUCGCUACCUCGAGCCCAAUGCUAAUACCACCACAUGUCCCCAGGGCACUGUCCAUGUGCCAGCGAAACAUCGCCACCCACCACCCACAUGUAUUUGCCAAGGUGCCGCAUAUAAGCCGGCCUAUGGAACGCCGCAGCCCUCCUGUAUGCCAAGACGCACCUCCAGAGAUCAUUCUGCACUCUAUAGCCAGCCUAAAUAAAGCAGUAGCACAUCACUUAUUUUUUGUUAUUCAAGAAGAAAUGAGACUUGCUUUCCUCGUUCCCGCGUUCUUGGCGCUAGUCACGACUGUCUUGGCACUCACUGCUGCCGAAUCAACCGCCGUUGAUCAGUUCCUUGAGGACACCAAAAAUGUCGGCAAGAAGGGCGGCAAAACCAACGUCGAGCUGGUCCACGAUCUGGCAGUGAGCCUUGGGAUGCGCAACUCCGCCAGCAAGCUGUACAAAGACUCGCCCGACGCCAAGGCCGCCUACGACGCCAUCUACGACACCCUGCUCUUCCUGUCAACCAGCAGCUUCUCCAUGCAGGAGCAGAAGAUCAAGCUCAACAAGGUCGCAAAGUACUUUGAAUCGAACCUCUUGUAAGCCAGUUGGAAUUGAAUUGGGAGUUUGAAGUGAA